AGACUCGAGAUUAGAGUCGACUCGACAUGGAUUGGUCAUGUCAUGAGACGAUCCUGUUAACGUGAUGAUGUCGAUAAGCCCUUGUGACCGUGCGCAGUGUUAAGGAGCUUUUCAGCAGGCAAGUGUAUUGGCCCGGCGGUGGUGCAGAGGUUGUGUGUCGACGGAAACAUACGCUGACGGGAAGCAGAAUCUAGCAGGUCCUUGGGAAGUAAAAGUGCGUAGUUAAAGAAUGAAGUCCACCUAAGCGAUAUCUAUAUGAGGUGCAAAAACCAACUCACCAUGGUUCUGACCGAUCUUCCUGCUGUUCGUUAGAGCAGAGGACUUUCUUUCUCAACAACUGUCGUUCCUCUUCAACUGCAGACAGAUUGAUUUGACCAAAGAUAAUAAGUGAAAUUCGGAUUAAAUUUUUAAACUCAAAUAUUGCUAUUUGCUUGUAAUUCUUGUUACGACCUUCGGACUAUAGUUCGGUAUGUCAUUAAAGAUGGAUGUGUAGCAGUGUGAGAGAGAGAGAGAGAGAGAGAGAGAGAGAGAGAGAGAGAGAUAGCAAGCCCGGGAAGGGCUGGCUGUAAAAAUCAAUGCAUAUGCGACGGGAAGCAAAACUAUCAUCACCGACGUGAGGACACGUCGAUCAACCAACACCGGUGAAGCCUGUCACCAUGACAAUAAUGCACCAAAACAGCCCAUUUGAUGAAUAUCCUCCUGCGUGCCGUGUGCGGUGGUGGUGUAUCAUCCACGAGCGCGUUGUGUUGAACGGCAGCAGACCAAAGGGAUCAAUCAAUACCGAAGCGUGUGUUUCUGGUGGGCCACCUGUGAAGUGUGUCGGCCGUGACUUACGGGUAAGCUCUCAAACCCAAGCUUAUCAUCAAAGGAAUCCGAGCAAGAUUUUGCCACCAACGCGCGGCCAUGAAGCAUCAACAAGUGGUUCCCGACUAUGCAGCCAUGGUAAAAACAUCCGGCUAGUGCAAGCUAUAUUCUGGCUACCGGGCUAUCUGGAGAAAAACCAGGAACAAUUGUACCGGCGGGUAGAGCAACGGUCCGGAUUGGCGUCCGAUGAUAGGAUGCAGCAGGCGGUGGACAAGCGAUUUGAUGAGCUUACUGGCAAAGAACUGGACGAAAGCACCGAAAAGGCAACGAUUUUGGAGGAGAAGGGAGAAAACGAUGCGGUCGAGUGUGAGGCAGAUAGCAAAAAGGACAAAUAGUCGAAUGCUACGUGGCGCCGUAGAGCUAGGUUGCGUGAGGCUUGGUGCGGUUUUAUGUCAGAUGUUUUCGCUUUUAUUUCAUAGUAAGUUGUAAUCAUCCUCCCGUGUAGUAGUAAUCCAAAAAAAAAAACAAAAAGCAACCCCGUUUUCUGCCUAGUUAACUUCGUCGUACCCACCGGAUUUACGCCCGUUUCGCCGCGUGACGGGGAGGGAUUCCGCGGCAGUAAAACAGUAAGGGGCUAGAAACAAAAGCGUGUACACACACACACACACACACUAUGAUAAAUUUUACACAACAUAUGUAAACAAAGCCCGUUCGUAAUUUUUGUUUGCGGUGCAAAUAAGACGAUUAAAGAAACCCUCCUUGAAGUCCGGUUUUAUGGCUUACAUUUUCAACUUUGCUCGGAUUACACUGAUGUGCGGUUGUUUGCUGAUGCGUUAAGGACCAUUGCGCUGGUUGGACACGCGAAAAAAAGUGAAGCGACAAGGUUAAACUGUGCCUAGGAGUUUUCCGAAGCAUUCCGUUUUAAAUGCAGGCGCAACGCACGUGAUUGCUUACAAGUCAUUUGGAGUCACUCGCUUAUUCCGUACACUCUUAUGCUACUGGUAAAAA